UAGUUGGCUCUUGACACUUAUCAAUAUGGAUGGCCUAGAUAUCAAAUCGAAUGACGUUGCCAUAACAACGGCACUGCAACACCACCUGGCGACUACCAAUGUGUAUUGUGAGCUGCUCGACAAUCAAGUGGCCAAGCUAUCCAAAGUGAACGAAAUUCUCACUGCGCAUGAGGAGAUCUUCUCGCUCUUCCGUGAAACGCAAGUGGCCGCCAUGACAGCGCAUUCUGUGCGCAUAACUUUCAAAGACGCGCUGGACUGGUGCGGCAAGAUAGAGUUGUGGUAUGAG